AUGGUUUCCCUUUUCCACUCCAGUGGAGUAAACUCACUGGACCCGGAUGCAGAUCCCUACACAAACCUUCAAGAUUAUCGCUGUCAAGUCCGUGUUGAUUCCAUCGUUUCCCCUCGGGAGCUGAGUUUGUGCAUCCACAAGUUGAUAGAAUUUAGGCUUCGAGUACGCAUCGAGGAGCUUGAGAUAGCUCUGGAGAGUAUUGAAAAAGAGGCUCAAACUCUGGACUUGGAUCUCUGCCUUUUCUGUCACAAGAGGAUUCUUGAGGAGGAUGGGCAAUGUCCAGGCUGUAGGAACCAGUAUGAUUGUGAACCUGUCGAGGGAGAGGCAACUUUAGAUGGAGGCAGCUUGACGUUUCAAUUGGCUCGUUCUUGUAGCAUGAUAUCGAGGUCGUAG